AUGAGUCUUUUAAACCCUGAUGCACGUGAUAGGUUCGAUGCUUAUGGAUAUCCAGAGCACAAUGGGAUGUAUUUGGACCAGCUUGGGGUCAUGGCGGUGAAGUGGCGGUUUGAGAGUGUUCCGGGAUUCUUCCAUCAGAGUGAUGAGACUACGGACGAUAUGGAGUUCAGGUAUGUCAAGGAAGAUUUUGGGGUUAAGGGCAGUUGGAAAGAGGUGAUGGAGAGAUUGGCCAGUGUGAGGUCUUCGCUGUCGUCAUCAUUACCUUCAUCCCUGCCAUCUACAGACCAAACCAAAUACAAACUUCUAUUUCUAGCCCGUCAUGGGGAAGGAUACCACAAUGUCGCCAAUGCUAAGUACCGAGACCAAUGGGCAUCCAAGUAUCGUUUCAUAGGCACCGACGGUGUGAUAACUUGGGGUCCUGACGCCAAAUUGACCGACCUAGGUAAAGCUCAAGCUGGUGAGAAUAACCUCUUUUUAAAGCAGCAAGUCGCUAAAGGUAUGCCUAUUCCCACAAAGUUCAUCGUAUCACCAUUACUGAGGUCAAUUGAGACCAUGGUGCUAGAAUGGGACGGAAUAGAUAUCCCUAGACCUAUAGUUAAUGAGAAAGUCCGUGAAACCAUCGGUAUAAAUAUCUGCCACCAAAGAGCUACCAAAACUGAACUCACUAACUUCCCCAUUGAUUUCCCACCAGACUUCCCUGAACAAGACGAGAUCUUCCAUGGUUUUACAUCCAGGGAAGAAUACUACCAGCAGUUCCUCAGAAUCAAUGAUUUCCUUCAGGAAUUGUUCGAAGAGGAUGAUGAAGUGGUCAGUAUCACUUGUCAUGCUGGGUCUAUCAGAGCGUUUUUGACGGUGAUAGGACAUCGGGGGUUCACUAUUCCUACAGGAGGAAUGAUCCCUGUUGUAGUGAAGGCCAGCGCUAGUACCAGGAGUCAGUGA